AUGAUUUUACCUCAUAAACGUCAUAUUCUCUGGUUACACGAAUUAACUGAAGAUGAGAAAUAUGACCUCGCCUCCGUAAUGCAGAAUUUACUUGUUCGUUAUGAUAAUCUAUUUAGCACACAAUUCCCGUAUUCUAUGGGUUGGUAUCAGGCACCUAUGUGCUCCUCCAAAGAGGAGUCCUUGGGAGAUCUAAAAAGUAAAUAUAAACAUUGGCAGUUACAUGCUUUGUAUUUACCUCCCCUGUUAAGAUCAUCUACAGUAAAAAAAUUCAUGUCUGGUUUCGAGUUAUUAGCGGAAACCCAGCGAGAUUUACUACCAGAAACAGCUGCAAAUAUGCUUCGUGAAACUAGUACAAUCCAUUAUACUAAACGGGUAUUAUAAACAUGUUUCCGAGUCAGUAUAUCACUGUCAUG